GUGAGCUGAUAAUGCCCUCACACGCCAGUUGGAGUAGGGAAAUAAUAGGAUGAAAAGACUAGCCGGGAAAAAGGAAGGAAAAUUUAUGGAUGCGAUGGGGCCAACUUGUACUGAUCAAGUGUGACUAGUACGAGAUGUUGUCACCGUUAUCUGUGUGGAACCUUUGAUACCGUUGUUUGCCCAGAUAACAAAAGGGGAUAGCAUAAACUGUGGUUGCCGAAGUGUCAAUACUCACUAGCUAGUGCAAACAAAAGUGUCUCGAAGAGCAGACGGCUGCUGUCUGUUUGCGAGAGUAAUUGUUUUUAAUGAAAUGAGAAGCAAGAAUGAUUCUAAACGGAAGACGGAUGUUAACGCGAAAAAGUGGAAUCUCAAAUCUCAAAAGGAGAGCGUUGGAAAUGGUGGUAGACUUCAGAAUUUGUUGGAUUGGGAUGUCGAAUGGUCGAAUCGAUUCGCUAGUUUCAUGCAAAGUAAAUUGCCCGGUGUGACUGCCAUGUUUGAAAACAAAUUUAUGGAGAUUUCCGGCAAUGAAUACAUUUGGUUCCCAGUCCUCGCUGUACUUUACUUUAUGCAUCCCCUGGUGCAUAAGCAACUUCCAAUGAACGCAAUUCUCGCUUUAGCAUUCGACAGCGCUGUCAUUUUAAUAAUUAAGGCUUUUGUCAGAAGGAAACGACCGCCGACAAGGAACCCCGACUACUUUACGGCAAUAGGGCCAGACCAAUACAGUUUCCCUUCAGGACAUGCCAGCAGGACAGUUUUGAUAUCGUUCAUCUUCACCCAGAUUAAUCCGUUAUUUGGAAAUGGUUACCUCAAUGUUGUGGCAUCGCUUCUUAUUUGGAGUUGGUCCAUCUCUGUCUGUUUCUCCAGAAUGCUUAAUGGUCGUCAUCACCUCUUGGAUGUUGUAACUGGUGCUGUGAUUGGAUUUGUUGAAGGUUCUCUUGUCAUUUCCGCCCUCUGGAUGUCCUCUGAAAAAGCGGAAAAUAUUUUAAAAUUUAUUUAUAAUGAUCAAAAUAAUUGAAAUAUGGUUUAACAUUUAUUCAGAGGUUAAUAAAUAAGUUUGUUACAAAUUUAA